UGACAGUUCUACGAGAUAACAAAAUGAUUUUUAUAAGACCGCUACGUUAUCACUGUCACGCAGAUUGUGCGGUAAUACAGAUAUGAGGAUGGAAUUCUUACAAGCUGUUUGAGUUUACGCCCCUGUGAUACAAGAUCGAUAUGUGGGUGGAAUAAUAGAUUUACAUGUUAUGUAUUAAAUUGUAAUUGAAGUCAAAGACAAAAAGGAACCAUGGAGGAAUUAGAUCCGUUCAACGCUACGGCGCCAUCCUUCUCUAAAAUUGAACCAGCGUAUUGGAAUUAUUCUGACCAUGUCAUCCUGGAUGAUCUCAAAAUGGAUAGUAAUUUCAUUUGGUUACUGUGUUCAUUGGUCUCUGCUAUUUCAUGGAUCGUGUACAUAGUUUAUUAUAAUAGCAGAGUUAUAGGAUACAUCAUAACGCGAUUGUUGAAUAGAUUUGUUAUCAGAGAUGGAUUUGUUAAAGUUGGUUCGUUCACAUUAUGUGCAUUAAGUGGGAAGAUCAUGUUUAGAGAUAUAGUUUAUAUAACGACUGACUACAGUUUAAGAAUUCAGGAUGGAUGGCUUAUCUUUAGAUGGUGGAGAAGUUACGUACCAAAAGAUGUCUCCGAGGAUCUGUCCCAUUCGGAUACUCGGCUUUCGGUAAUGUUGAAUGGAUUUGAACUACAUGUAUAUAAUCGCUGUCAGCUUUAUGCACAACUUGAAAGAACCUUCGGUCUGAUCUCGCAAAUGUUCCCUGACGAGGAGAAUCAUCAUGUAAACAUCGACAAUCCUGAUGCGGAUACAUUUAGCAAUACCGUUAACGAGACUCGACAACAAAUUAAUGCAGCAAUUGACGUCUCGCGAAGAGUAAAAAAUAUUAGGAGACAAGAGGCUCACUUUAUUGCUAGAACAUGGAGAGACUUAAUCCCCGUUAUAAAGUUAGACGUUUGCACAGGUCGCAUCGUAUUUGGUAAUCGUUUAGUACCAACUACACUGUCAAUAACCGUAGAAGAGGCACAUUUUGUAUACUCGACUAAGCCGGCGGCAUCUCGGCACGAUCAUUUCAUGCAUUUCACGAAGUGCAAAGCGGAGAACUUUAAAGUGAUAUUAGCUCCGAGUCCAAAGUACACCGGAAUGGUGGAUGACCCCCCGCGAUACAUGGGAGAAGGUUUUGUGGUGUUGAGUUCGAACAACAUGGAGGUGUAUUAUUACAUGGACGAGCCAGGAGUCGUCCCGGAACACCCCGAGAUGAUAAGACUGGCCAACGGCGACAUGGUGGAGGCGAUGCCGCCCAUCUGGGGGAUAGACAUAAAGUGCGGAAAAGGAACGGACUUCAGCUACGGACCUUGGGCCGACAGACAACGAGAACACCUCUUCAAGUUCUUCUUCCCGAACGACUACCAACCCCUCAAGAUCACGAAGACGCCCAUCCCUGGGGAGAAAAGGCAAGUUCAGUCCUUUGACAUCCGGUUGUCGACGCUCAACGAGGCGACGAUCGACAUCCUCUUUAGCAAGAACAAAGAGACGAACGCAAUCCACGUGAACGUCGGUCCGGGCUCGUAUUUGGAAGUCACGGUGCCCUGGAUUGUCCUCCAGGACGGCUACACGACCAAGAUCACGGGGCAGUUGUUGCACCUGGAGGCGACGACCAGUCUUCAGUAUCGCAGCCUCGUCGAGAGCGAGACCUUGGAGUUCGGAGUCAAGUGUCACUACCCCAUCCGGUGGAACGACCACCAGGAGUGGACGUUGAACCUGACUGGGUGCAAAGCCACUGCCAAUCUGGUAUAUUCGCACAAAGACUUCUUCCAAGAUAUGGUAAAUGACUGGGCGAGCAAGACGAGGCCGGAUCUGCUCCACUUUGUUCCCUACACCUGGAAAUUCAACCUGCUGCUCAAGGAGUUCGAGCUGAUCACCAUCUGCAACGAGUACAACUGGGUGGACUGCUCGUCACAGAACCAGGAGAACGCGCACAUCGCCUUUUGCGGGGAGUUAUUCGACCUGUCCUUCGACCUGCCGUUUGUGGAAUACCUGCCGAUGACGGUGCCCCUCAGGUUCUGGAUCCAGGGGGAGAGCGUGGACCUCUCUUUCUACCUGCCGGAGGUGAACACGAACCGCAGUAUCCUGCUGGCCCUGCACAAGAACGCCAAGAUCAUGACCAGGGACGGGUCCUGCAAGCCCCUGGCGGAGCUAGACAAGAGCAAGAAGUGGAGGAACGUCUGCCAGAAGGCCUCGGGGUGGGUGGACUGCUGGUCGGUGCCCAUCGUGGCGCUGAGCAUCAAUUACACUUACCACCCGAGCCCCCCGUUAGGACCCAUGCCGCAGGCCAACAUAACCACCCCGGAGAAGGAGGAGAUCCUGCUGUCCCCCAUGAGGAUCCCAAGGGCUAGGAAACCCCCGGGACUCCAGUGGACCCAGGACGGCACUCAGAAGUUCGACCCCCAGACCAUCGCGUCCGACAAGGUCAGCCUGGAACUCGAGAUCGGACCGUCCGUGCUCAUCUUGAACGGCUCCCUCAUCAAGCACUUCGUCCACCUCAAGGAGAACAUCUUCGGGGACUAUCAGACCUUCACCGACAUGCAUCAGAGCAGACCCACGACGGCCACCGUCGCCACGGAGAGGACCAAGGACCGGGACGCGCAGAACAGCAGCGUGGAAGCCUCGGUAGAGGACGAAGAGGUUAAGACGAAACCUUUCGACCCUAGGGAUUAUAGACCCAUCGAGGUGACAGUCGGCAUCACCAUGCAUGACAUCCAGGCCCACUUGGUGAAGAACUGCAGCGAGAACGACCCUGGGUGUCCCGUUAUUCUUUUGGAACGGUUCGGCUUCGAGAUGAAGAAGGGCUACAAGGAGACCGAGCUUCAGCUCCUGCUUUCUCCUGCCAUCAUGUUACUCGCGGAUAAUGCCACCAGGCCGAGCAAAGAGAGGCAUUUGAAUCAGGGACAUUUUAUGCUGAGCGCCCUGCAGAUCAGAGGUCACGCCAUGUUCAGCAGCGAAGGAAGGAACCUCGACCAGGAGACCCUGGAGUAUGCCUGGCUGAUCGAGAUCCAGUUGGGGAAACUCAGUGGCAAGAUCACCUGUCCGCAGCUGCAUUAUCUGGUUACCUCCCUGGAGACCUUUCUACUCAUGGCGAAGAAUACGGAAAACAGCAUGAGGCCACCUGGAUUACCUCGCCAUUGUCAUCACGGCUUGCCGCCCUUGCAGUGCACGGAUAGUGACCCCGAUAAUCGUUAUAGAUGUCCAAGUUCGGAAGACAUCAAAUACAGAAUGACCAGAGUUACGGUCGACGCUAUCGACCUGUACAUUCAGGACGUCGGGACGGCUCUCCAGCUCUGGAUAUCCCCGAUCCGCGUUUCAACGUGCAACCUGCAUGGAAAACAAGUAAAAUCCGGGGUUACCGGGGUUCUGCCAACCGUAUUAACUCGGCAAUUUGUUUCUGCAGCUGGCCAUUUUGCGAAUACUAGUAACACUAAUACUGCCGGCAGCGGUAGAUCUCAUAACAAUGCCAGCAGUCGAUUGUCAGGGGACGGAUCGGAUAUCUGGCUGGAAGUGGGAUCCGUAUCGUUAGGUCCAGUCAUAAUAGAAGCUGCCAUUUCGCUUCCUACGCCUGAGCAUAAUUUACAUUUAGUACAGCACAAAUACCUGAAAACACACGACGAAGCAACGAAACGCUUAUGGUUCUUGUGGCCCAUGGAGAGUGGAGUCAAGUCUGCGAAAUGUGGAUGCAUCGGUGGGUGUGCAUUUUUUGGCAGCAACAGGAACGGGCCAAAAUUCUUCAAGCCCAGCUAUCACGAUCUGCGGGAUGGAAUCAACAUCGCUGCUUAUAGGAUAUUUGAUUCUACGAAGGACAAAGGCUUCGGUCAAUCUAUCCUACACGAUGGUCAAUUAGUGUUCCACACUCCUCCGUACAGAUUGCAGGAUGUCACGUUACAGGACAUCCCUCAUUCCGCGCUGGGCGUAAAAGUAACCAUAGUCCAAGGUGGAUCGCAGAGCUCCAAAAUUGGCGUGGAACGAUCGCGAUCUACGCUAGAUCAUAAGGAAUCGAAUACAGAGGUGAACGAGAACGUGAAGCUAAGUCAAGCUUUGUCGAGCCCUUCGACAGGGAGCAACGAAAGGAAAUCGUUAGGGCGAAGAUUUUCCUAUACCUCGAUGCGCGGUGCUAAUUUGAAAGAUGUACCUUAUUCUCGCCUAGUCGACGCUAGUCCAAUCAUUCAACUGCCCCAGAAAUUAGAUUCGGACUCGAAAUUAAAUACUGAGCGCAGCAAGUCAAUUCUGAACGUCCCGGAAAUUGAAACUGCCCCGAAGAGCAGUGCCUCCGAUUCCAAGUUGGCAGUUGACUAUUUUAAUGCUCCCGUAACAGAUAGGUUUCAGCAGAGCAGCAGUCCGCAGUCUUUGCCUACGGUCCCAACUGAAACUGGAGGUGGAUUGGAAAUUCGACAGAACGUUAAAAGUACAGAGGGUGUCAACGUUUCGGAUUCACGUCACUCGUUAGGCAUCUCUUCGGACUCCGAAGAGCGACUGAAACAGGAAGUACAACGGACAAUUUCCAUGUCAUCGGAAAAUCACUCCGAAGCUUUCUACUCAGCCGAUGAAGACACGAGUCAUGGAUUAGGAGGGAGCAGAACGUCUAGCCUACGCCAAUCUACAAUUGGGACAGGCUCAGUAUUAACUCAGCAUAGCAGUAUUAAGAAGAAGUACUCAUCCGACAUAUCCAUCGUGGAAAGCUCAGCGAACGUAAAUGCUUGUAAUGCCGAGAAAGCUAAUACCUUGGAGAGGACUAAACCGCACAUCCUGAGCUCGAAAAGGAGUCCCAGGAUUAACAAAGAUAGUCAAUUCCGUCAGGAAACCGACUCGUGUGACAAUGGAGCUUUACAAGACUCAUCGGACAGCAAUUCCAUCUCGUCUACAAGUUUCAUAUCCGCAGUCUCCUCACAGGAAGACAUGACUCUUGUGAAUUUACACAUGCAAGUCAAUAAGCCUAUCGUUGACUCCCCAUUGUUGAUGUCGAGUUACGUUAGCCAUCUUACACAGGUACGCUGCUCCAACUGGAUUCAGUCUUCGCUGCCUUAUGAUGGAAAUACAUUCACAACUCCAGUAUUUCAACGCACCGAAGAUGGUAGAUUGGUUUACAUCGGAGGUCGUUAUGUUCCAAAAUUUGAUACGGUCACCGAAGGUUUCACGUCGUUGAAAAUGAUAACUCGAAGCGAUGGAUCUCCUGCAGCGAGUUCGUCUAAUAAAACACCUACUCAUCCUUAUCUGUGGGACAACUCGGCGUUGAUUCAAUCGGAAGGGGAAGACGACAGCACGACACACGACGAGGAAGAAUUAUUGGCCGCACAACACGAAACUGGCUCGCGGACAACAGUGAUUGUUAAAAUGAAGGGCGACGUCGAUAUAAUGCUCAGCCCUCUCGUUCUUGAGUCGCUCCAACGUUUUGUCGAUGCAAUCACUCCGACAUUGGCUACGCUACAUCCAUUAACAAUUUUAAAUCAUCUUCACUAUGACUGUAUAGGAAAAGUGGAGGAUGCAAAUAUCUUGAAGCAGGAUCAAAGCUUGUCGUACUGGAGUCAAGUCCAGACCAGCUCGAAGAGAUCGACAGCGGAGAGAAAUAUUAAAAGCAGUCAAGGUAAGGUCGCUCUGCAGACUAGUGUUUACGAGGAAUGUAUUUCAACGCAGGUACAAGGAAGUAUUAUUUUACCAAAGAUGAACAUAACUUUAUUGCAAGCUUCCGUCGUUGAAGAAAUCAUCUCAUUUUCUGCCCUCGAAAACAUUCGAGAUCUGAGUUGUGUUUCUUUAUUUGCAAUAUGUUUCGACGACGUGACUGCAAGAUUUUAUCUUGGGAGGCAAGCAAGGGAAAUCGUUCAAACUUUCCACAAGCCUGCUGUAUUGCCGAAUCAGAAGAAGGUUAAUAAAAUUAGUAAAGUGUUUCUGCCUGGGCAUCAAUCGGCCACUGUGGUCACCGACAUUGGCGGUGGUGAACCAGUAUUCAUUGAAACUUCGGAAAAACAACAAGAGGAAACAAUUAUUACUCUCAACGUUGGAAAAAUUCAUUCUCAGUUACGUAGACUGAGAAACGAGUCAUCGAUUCUUAAGGAUGCAGUGAUCACAGCGAUUCCAUCUCACUACUCGAGAGUAUUAUUCACAUGUACAAGAAUAACAUCUCCGUUAAAAUGUGUCGACUAUUACUUACAUCAACCUACCGAAGAAAAGGACAAGCAAAACAAACAAACUGGCCCGCCACAAGCAACCGAAGAAUUCACCGUGGGAAGUGGAGAGGACAGAUUGGGCUUUAUCAUGUUCGAGUGUGGUUUGGAAGGAAUCAAGUUGAAAAUUGUUAAACGAUCACAGUUUGAAAAAAAUGACAACGAAAAUGAAGAUAAGAAGGUCGAGCCCGAAGUUAUUCACACGAACAGUGUAAAAAGUCAGGAUGAAUUAGACAAUACAGCUGGUUCCACAACGGUGACUGUUGAUGCCGAAGCAGGUGCCAAUGCUUCCUCUAAUGCAGCUCCAAUAAACACCAGUGCAACCUGUACCAGUCUUGUGGCAAAAGUGGCAAAUGGUAACACGGUAUCUUGCGUAAUAGAAUUAAAAACUGUAUGGUUCAAUUUUGCUGCUCCUCCGAGGACUCCGAUUACCAGGAAAAUCGAUUACACAAGGCUGGAUUGGAACCUUUUGAGCACUGCGUCACCGGCAAUAAAUGCAUGGCUGAACCCCAGUAACAGGUUUGCCAUAAAAAUCGUUCACAUGUUCAGAUGUAUGUACCGAAGAUCAACGGCUAUCGUCGCUUGUCUGAUGGCAGAAGCGUUAGACGUUCAAGGAAUUCACAUGCCAGUGAAGAGUCGUUAUGGAAGGUUGACGCCACUUGCUAAAACACUGCAAGAAGAUCCUUCGUGCCAGUUGUGCAGCAUUCUUCAACACUACGUAUUGCUUUCUGAUUUGGCAACUAUCGAAGGCAAUCUCAGAGAAUCUGACUUACCGCUAUUGUCCAUUCUUCGACAGGGAGUUAUUGUGCUGAGUAGGCAGUGGAAGAAUGUUCUGUACACACCAUUACUAUUGGAACAUAAUUAUAAAACGAAACACGUUAAACCAUUAAAUGUCACGUUUGCCGUAUCCGAUCCUGAAGAGGAAAACCUGCUGACCGAUGGUGAAGGUAGCGCAGCUGAUGUCGAUGAUCAGGAAGUGACCGAUGAAUGUGCAAUGUUGAUCCAUGCUGAUCAUAUACACAAACAAACACAAGUUAAGAAUGGACCGGAUAAAUCUACAGGUACAUGUGGCGAUGGCUUGACGGUUCCGGUGUGCUCUCCUCGGUGCAGAGAUACCACUCCUUUACCGACACCAACACCGGUUCUAGGCCCGGACUCACUAACCUCUCCCUCUCCACCGUUAGCCCUCCCAAGAAGAGGCAGAUCGUUGCAGCCCACACAAGUACCCGUUAGUACCCGGGCGAGUAUCGUAUUCCCACUGCUCGCUGGUGGUGGGCUUUUUAAUCAGCCACGGGAUUCCAACAACAUAAGUUAUGGCACUCUACGGGAAGAGAAAACCCCUCAAAUCUAUGUGUCUCAAUCGCAUCAAUUGGGCUCCAAUCCCAGUAUUUAUUCUGGAGGUGCCGGACAUGGUAGUCAACAUAGUCUUGGAAGCGGAGAUCAAAUCACCUCUCCGACUAGUCAUCACUCCAACAGGUUGGUCACUGCCGGAGAGGAUUUGUACAGCUGGAUGGCCAAACAGCAAGAAUUUAUUAAGGACAACGAAAAGGGAAAUCUGAAAGGAAACUGGGAUUCAAAAAUCAAUACCAUGACCACCGAAGACACCGAAGACUCUGACAUUCACAGCGGUGCUUUUUUCUACCCGAUGAAGGACUCUCUUCGAUUGUUAGAUGCACAUUUGAUUUUUGAACCACUUCUCUCCUCAUUGUCCGUAAUGCCACAGGAGAUGCUCUCGGCAAUUGGUUCUGGGAAUAUCAAUAACAUGUCAACCUUAGACUCACUUAGCUCGAACUUAUCGCUUGUAGGCAGUAUGGAGACCAUGCGUAUUGACAUUGUCGUCAGCGAAUUUGGAAAGAUACUAGAUAGGAGAAAAGGCAACAAAAAUCAGACGAAGAAGGGCACCAAGUUUCAUCUUGACAUUCCUCCCGAAACGCCUGCAUUUUUGUGCGAAAAAAUUGGAAUCGAAAUCGACGUUAAGAAAAUGGCUGACAUGACUGUUGACGAUAUGAUUCAGAAACAAAAUGUAUUGUAUAUAUCCCGAGGCCAGCUCAAGAGACACACGAGCACAGUUGUCAAUUUCAGCAUCAACAUCCGAUACAUCAGCCAACAAGUGAACAUGCCUUUGUUGAGGCUGUUGCAUCAAAUCAGUAAUAUGUACCAGAACGUCAAGGAAACUCAGAUGGAAUUGAAGGAACAACAGCCCGAAGCCAAAAGGAGUGCAAAUUUGACCACUGUUGAAACAACUGCCAAAAAUGGUUCAUCGUCAACAUCGGACCUUCAAGAGCAGCUGCUCAUCGGUGGAAAGAAGACGGAAGAGUCAGUGCUCCGCAGCGGCUUCGACUUCAGCCAACCCAAGGUUAUAUCUCCCUCCGCAAGCAUUAGGUCUCGUCCUCAGAGCUUCGCACAAAAGCUGCGCAGCACUGGAAAGAGUGUCAAGGGGUAUAUUAAUCUAAGCGAAGGAGUUACAACACCAAGCUUCGGUGUCAGUCCCAGCGGGUCUGGCCUGGACAAGUUCAGUAUUCUGUCAGAGAAGAGAAAGGACAGCUUGAAUUUAACACCUCGGUGCUGGAAAACUAUCUACUACCUUUUAGACCUCUAUGCCACGAGACCAGAAACGAAAACCAUCACACACAGGUUUUCUGUACCCGCAGAAGCUACGGAGCACUAUAAGGGUACGAAGAAAUACGAAAUGCUAAAUGAAUCCAAAGAUGGAGACAUCGAGAAAGGAUUGCAUGCUGAAACUAGUUCCACUCCUGUGCCACCGCCAAGAGAACUUAAUGUUGUUACUGGGGAGAGGACUAGAUUGAUCAUCUUCGGAGUAGCAAAGAUUCAUCGAACCAGACUUUUGGCCACUUUGAGUGGAUUAAAGCUCGAGGCGGAGAUCACGAGUCUGCAUGCGAGCUUAACGUGUCGCAAGAAAUCCAGACCUGCGAGUCUCGAGUGCAGUUUAACUGGACAAAUUGGCAGGACGAUGAUAGUCCUUCUAGAAGGAGUCGCUCCCAGUCAACAGACCGUCGUAAAAGUCACGGUUGGAAAAUCGCAAGCUCUGUAUUCCAGCAUCACGAGGCGACAAAAGGAUAAAAACAGUGGUUUAUUAACUGUUGGGGCAGUAAACAUCGAUAUACCCCAACAUCCUGUGGCUUUGCAUGGCAUGAUGACGAGGGGCAGUAAACAAUUGUCGUCUACUUUGCAGGAGCUGCGAGUCACGAGAACGUCGUCUAGAUUAUCUCGAGGUCCUCAACCCGAAGACGUCGAUGGAGCACCUGGAAGUCCUCAUCACUAUACCCCGGCUCCUCCCAUAGAUGUGGAAAAGCCACAACCAGUGUCCGUUCUUUUGGAGCCCAUCGUCAUGCAAUUCCACGUGAUCCUGCAGAGCUUGAGCAUAACUGCUGCUUUAUUGCCUUCAUUACAAGCACAGUACAAGAUGGAUCAGGUGAACAGCUCCGGCAUCACUGGCAGCAAAGCCAAGUUUACGAUAGACUUGCCUCAUCAUAGCUUAAGUUUCACAACGAAGCUACAAAUGACCGAAGCAAACCUGCCAUCGGAAGCGAGUAUAGAACUGCCCAAGGUUCAUGUAUCCGCGGAAUAUAUUCAAGAUGGAAAUAGCAGCUUGAACGACAGCAAAAUAGCAGAUGGCGUGGUGUUGAGGCAGGGCAGUUAUCUCAGCGGAACAGCUGACAUCGGGGUAUUCGAGCACUCCUUGACGACAGAUCUCUUAAAUCAUUUAGUAUUCGUUCAAAAGGUGUUCAUGAAAGAAGUGAACGAGGUUGUGCAGAAGGUUUACGGAGGGGAGAAACCAGUGCCUCUUUGGCUCGAAGACGAAGAACCAUCUAGCUCCAGCUUAAAAAGGAUUUUAUUUUCACUCACUAUCCGUAUCAAGAGAAUUCAACUAACAGCGACGACGCCAACCAACUCGGCUGUUCGCUUGGAAACCGGAGCUGUGGAAUUUCAAUUGUCGAAUCGUGUUCAAAACGUGUCCGGUGCUACGCAGCCUAAUCCUUAUAUGAAGCUUUUUGGGAAGGCACAGGUGGACAUCAACCUGUGCCUCGGUCAGUUGCUUAAAAACGUGAUGUUCGAAGAAGCGGAGCCUGAAUUUCAGCAAUUCGCGUUCUUCAACACAAGGAUUGGCCUGCGAAAUGCCUUUCAAGAAGAGAUGGCCCAGGGAGAAGACAAGGAAGUCGUGUUGAUCACGUUGAAGCGACCUCUUAUCUACAUCCAACCGAUGGCUGUCGACAAGGCUAUACUAGUGUGGUUGAAUUAUAAAAAUGCCUACGAGUAUUGGAACGAAAAGAGAGCAAACCUGAAUAAGGAGGUGCUCACUGCUACCCAACAAGUGUUCGAGAAGGUCCCCUUCGGUCAGCUGACGAGCCAACUGAGUGCACCUCAUUUGGGAACUUUAUUUCUCCAAUUAACAGUUGACGAUAUGGGCAUCUGUAUACCAUUAAAUCCAUUGCCUCCGCAGAAUUGGGGUCUGAAUAGAGGAAUGUAUGACACGGAGUCACGAGGGGCUGUGGUUGUCACUUUGGAGAGCACAAGUAUCUCUGCGUGUAGUAGUGGCAGUCUUGUAAGCAAAGGGCGCUUUGUCGGACUGUGUUUGAGGUUUGCGGAAGACUUUGAGACAUCCUUAGAUGAUUGGAAACCAGACAUGACCGAUAAUAGCAUAAUGAACUUGUGUGUCGUUUCCGAUGGAACUUAUGAAGUUUGCAGCAGGACCAUUGCACAGAAACAGGAUAAAUCUGAUAAUGCCAAAUGGAUAUUAAAUGUGCAAUGGCAAAUGGAGGGAGUGGAUAUUCAUCUUGACGUCAGCGUGGGUCAACAAUUAUCAGCACUUGGUCACACCUUGACGAUGCUUACUGGCUCCGAAGAAGAUGACACUCACAUACCUCUGGAAUAUGAUAGCGAUGAUGCUGAUCAGCCUGACAAUAGCACUAGCCAGGUUAAAAAAAAAGAGAGCAUUUUGAUGAAGAAAUCAAAGAACUGGAUGGACAGCCUACCGGCUUUUAUCUUCGACCCGUCAUUAGAUGCAAAGAAGCGAUCUAAAUUAAUUGAAAAGGAAAUGAAUGAGCAGGCUAAAAUUAUUAACGAUUUGAGGUCACUCGGUGCAUCUCAUGGGACGAUUGAACAAGAAAUGAAACGGCUGCAUGAAUUGGAAGCGAUGGUGUUCAAAGACUUCCGAAGAGACAUGAUACAGAAGUUAAGAAGGCAAUCGGUGAAAGCAUCAGGAAUAAAAGGCAAACUAGGCCUUGGGAGCAAAACGAAUGCUUAUCGAUCGAGAUCGUUUAUAGUGCCUUCACCUACACCAGAACAUCAUUUAGAAAGUCCUGAAGAUGGAAAUGCGGAAAUUAAUUCAGCUAAUUCAGCGAGUUACGAAAGUAGUCCUAGAAGUGGACCAAGUCGGUCUGCUUCUCUUCGAGUUCGAGGCUUGGGCGGACCAAGGGUUACAUUUAGUGACACCCACACUAUGUGCAGGCAAUCCUCGCUACCCAGUGCUAGUUCAGAAUUGAGUUUACCGGAAGGCGAACUGGAAUGGCCGGAAACGGUAGAAAUAGAAGGGGAACAGGUUGAGUUAAGAAGAAAACACAGGGAUAACAGUUGCACGUCUAGCUACGAUAGUAUGGAAGGGAAUGCACCACUUCUUGAUUCGUACGGAAAGGAUCAAGUGUCAACAUCUUCGCCACAUAUCACGCCACAAAAGACCCAGGAGCCUAAUAUAGAUUUUGAACUCGACGUUAAAGUGCUGAUCAACAGUGGAAAAUGCGUUCUUCAUACGAAAGAUCCAGCUAGAGACGAUGAACUUAAAUUGAUGAGCCGAAUGAAAAAAGAAAGGUCCUGUUCCGGGGGAACAUUUGAAUUCCAACCGAGCAGCCCUAGCAGCAGUAGGAAACAUUUGAGCAGCAAGGAAAAAUCUUCUACGACGAGCGCAUCGAGACUGCGUUAUCUGUAUCACUCGAACGUGCCUUUGGUUGAUUUAACAAUUUUCCAUAUUCCAGGAUUAGACGUAAAGGUUCACUACGAAUCAAGGACACUUCCCGAAGAGUCCAUCUCACCUCGGAUGGGAGACAACAGUUUAUUGAGCCCUGCAUCGAUGACGAUGCUGAAGAAGUCCAGCACCAAAAAGGCGAGUCUCUUCGCGGGGAUGACGCUCCAAAGCAUCCCCGAAGAGACCAUCAUCAGCCCCCACAUUUUGGAGUUCUUUGAACAGACUUUAGAACCAAUACCUAGCAAAAGCAAUUUCCAUAACGUGGGUCAGACAAGUACGGUCUUUCCACUGGAUAGCAUGGAAAGCUCAUCUUGGGCCGCCUCUGCAGCGAGUGGAAAUUAUGUUUAUGCGAGUUUCCCGGUGGAUGUGAUAGUGUACUUCCACAUGCAACCCUCCACCUUCAGGUUUUCCUGUUUACCAGUGUCAAGGGUGGAGUGUAUGCUCCAGUUACCGUCACUGGACAUCGUGUUCUCUUCGAAACGAGCCGAAGAGGAGCUUCCUGAGUUCAGGGAGUACAAUUCGUCCAGCAGCCAAUCAGUAAACAUGGGGAGAGAAAGCAGUUCAGCUAUCGGUGGUUUAUCGGUCACGGGAUGUCUGGCUGAUUUUUCGGUCUAUGUCUUUCAUCCUUAUGGCGGUGGAAAAAAAUCUGGAGUUAAGGAAGCCCAGUGGUCUCCAUUGUCCGACAGCGAGAGGAAGGAUUCCCUCAGCAUCAACGUCGAGUUCGUCAAGUUUCAUCUCUCCAGGAGCAGGAAACUGAACUUCCAAAGCGAACAGGCGAAGAAAAUCACGGACUCCAGCAGAGCCGUCAUUCGGUUCUCCACUAUCAUCGACAUAGGAUCGGCAUCCUUUAAAUACGACAUGCGACGCUUGACGGAAGUCCUUGCUUUUCCUAAGGCUUGGUACCGCAGGAGCAUCGUCAGAAGGUUGUUCCUCGGGGAUCUAAGUUCAGCAGCGGCACAUGCCGAAGGGGACAGCAAUUCUUUCCCGAACCAAGAAGAGGCAGUCAUGGGCAGCUCGUUGCUGAAACACUACGACAGACACGCCGGUGACCCGCUCUCGAAAAGCGCGCCUGAACGAAGUCCUACAUUAAAUAGAGAUAAAUUGAGACUAAGCCUUGAAACCGACGCACCGAGACCUACUCGACUGAAAGACACCGGAAGAGGAUGGAGCUUCAACACGGAGAAGCAAACGUCGUCGGAAGUUAAAUUGCGGGAGUCCGCUUGGGAAACCUUGGUGCUGUUUGCGGUUAAUUUUACUCGAUUAAACGUCCACAUGAACAUGGGCAACGUGAUGGGGAAUGUGUCAUGGAUGACCAAGGAUUUUCGCUCCGAUGGAAGGCUUUCCAUAGGCAGUACCGGUCACAAGAAUUUGUACAUUGGUGUUGGCUUAGGAGGCUCCAGUUUGGAUGCCAAAGGCGGUAUAGUUGGUGGAAUUAUAGAGCUCAGCAAAAUUGAUACCUACACUCAUAUUCGAGAAGAACCAGGAACUGAACCCGAUCAUACCGUGGGGUUGAAAUUAUUUGCCUUAGAACUGAGAUUAGACUACAUGGGAACGAGUGUAUUGAUGUCAAGAGUCUCUUCGUUGGAUGUUACCCUGAGAGACGAGUGGAAAAUCAACCGAAAUAGCGGUGGCGAUGCUUUUAUGCCAACUCGACGACCUGCGAUUAUCUUCAUGCAUGGUAACAUGGGGUGGGACCAACUGCAGCUCAUGAUCAGCAAGUCCACCACUGCGGAUUUGUUGAAGAUGUUUUACAAGCUCGACGAGUUCUUUAGCCAACAAUUCAAAAGCAGCAAACGGGUGUUCAGUUCGUUGCAGCCUAAACAUCAAAGAAUGAGCAACAACAGCAUGAAGAAGAAGCAGCAGAAGAAGAAAUCUACGGUUGAUGGACCAUGGACAUGUAAUCAGUCAACGAUAACCGAUGCUCGUCACCAUCGCCAUUGGCAGCGAGUUUUGGCCCAAGUUGCCGGUUUGCAAUUGGGAAGCUUGAAAUUUUCAUUACCCUCCAAUGGUACGGUUCUUGGAGGUACGAUGGAGUUGCACGGUUCAAAUAUAAGCUUGGCCUGCUUUCACGGGAUAAACUUCAAAAGUAAAAGCUGGGCGCUGUUCUCUCUAAAGGAACCUUGCAUCAGCUUCGCUACAGAAGCACAAGAAAUACCCAGUGUUGAAUCGCCAGAAACGUGUGACGUUCAUGUGGUGCAAACGCUAACGAUUAGUUUGGGUCAACAACAAGAACAACAUGCCAGGCAUCAUUCCAUGGCUACGGUGUGUCGUCUUAGUUGCAGCGUUUUGUUCCCACCUCAGUUCAAGACUUUACAAGAAUGGUUCCACUACGCUUUUGCCAAUAGCGAUAUCGACGCGGUGGAUCGAUUUCCUUGCGUCGAGAGAGAAAGAACGGACAGCACAUCCGAGGGAAGUGGCAGCAUGAAUCGAGGCAGAAGCACUUCGGCUACGCCUGGAAAAUUACAAGAGCAUUCCCACACGCGAGAAGUGAUAUUUGCGUUACCUUCCCUGCAAUUGCACUUGAAGACCGAGCACUUGCAAACUGCCAGGACUCCAGAUGUCAUCGGCCUGCCUAAACAUAAUUUAUAUAGUGAAAAACCAUUGGUCGAAUGCAGUUUCAUCACUGAAUUCGAAGAUCAUAUAUUCGUUACGGUGGAUGCGGAAGCGUUCUUCUUUUUACACGACCUGAUCACGUCAUAUGUAAAAGAGAAAGAAAAAGUGCACACAAUGCAAAAUUUAGGCGCUAGAGCGCAUAGUCCAGAUCCUCAUGAAAAGAGAGGUACGACCACGAGCCAUACUGGACCUUCGACAACAGUCACCAUCACAACAGAGGAUGAGAGAAAACGCAAACAGUUUGAUCCUGCUGAGAUGUUCAUAAAAGACUGGCGAUCUUAUCGGUGUAAGACCUGGCAUUUGGAACCCACUGUUCGAUUACUUUCCUGGGCGGGAAAGAGCAUCGAGCCGUACGGUAUAGACUACAUCCUACAAAAAUUGGGCUUCUCUCAUGCUCGCACCACCAUACCGAAGUGGGUCCAGCGAGGCUUCAUGGAUCCUCUGGACAAACUGCUAGCCGUUCUUAUGUUAAGAAUGGUUCUUGCCGUGCGGGAAGAAACGCCAGACGAGAAGGAACACAAAAGAGACAAGUAAAUUAUCUGCCGAUGGAUCGUCAGGCCACAAAAGACAACUACAGAAUGAUCUCCGCUGCGUUCGUUGGAAAUAUUCAAUUCUCACGGGGAGCAGCUUUCAGUCUUAUAUGAAAUAGCUAUUUUGAUGUUAGUUAAUUGUAUUUAUUGUGUCCGUAGUCAAGGCAUAGAAAGAAGUGACUCCAAGAUGUGAGGUUAGUUUCUAAUUAGAGGUUAUACGGGAGAGGAAGAUAACUACGACAACAGGUGUUUAUUUCUAGGGCGCGCAAUCGUGAGCGUGUACAUGAUGUACUCAGUGUAAAUUUCAUAUCUAAGAGUACACUAUGUUUAUAUACAUAUAUAUAUAUAUAUAUAUAUAUAUAUAUAGACGUAUAUAUACAGUGUGUGUCGGUUAACAUUACACUCAAAAUGAACCCUUCGUUUUGAAUUCUAUUAAGAAGCCUCUCGGGUCGAGGCUCAAUGGUUUGGCGGUGUCUUGUCAGUCAGCAGAGGGAUUUAAUUUCCAAUACAGAAUGACGUUAUUUAAUGCAACUCAAUGGUAAUGGUUCUGUUCUUUAUGUAAAAAUGUAAGAAAUUUUUAAUGGUGUAGUUCGAUUUUAAAUUGCGAUCCCUCAUCAUAGCCUCUUCCAGUACCUUGCAUUUCGUCGGGAAAUCCUGUACGUAUGUAUGUAUGUGCAUACGUACAUAUGUGUAUGUAUUUACGUUUAUGUAUAUUAUAAUAUCAGGAUUGUAUGACCAAUGCUCUGGAUAGAGGGGAUACUACUGUGAAAAAAUUUAGAAAAGAUGCAUGAGAGAUAAAUGAGAUUAAAAAAGUUCCCAUCUCUCAGACUAGUUUGCAGCGUAUCUCUUCUAUUUGUAGUGAAAGUGGGUCGGAAGAUUCCUGAUAGAGUGAUUUUCUCUCGAUGGAGCAAAGAAAAGGCUUCAACGACAGUUAGUUGAAAGAUGUAGCGUAGAAGCAUGUUAAGGAAAAUCACUAUGUCAGCAAUCUGCCUUCCUACUUCUAUUUGCAGCUGGUCCAAAGUCACGAAUAUGUUGUAUUAUACUUUUGUUUCACCUCGAGGUCCCCCAGAAAAUAAUCGCGUACUGCUUUUGCAUGUAUAAAGGUGCAGCAGGAGAAUCGUAUCGACAAGUGUAAUCUUAAGAAGGUAUCGAAGGAUUUUAUAUUUCUUUUUAUGUGUGAUGCUUCUUCGUUACGGUAGCUAAGACGUGAGAUAGAUGAUUAUUGUAAAUCGGCUUUAGGCGAAGAAAACGAUGUUACGAAUCGGUAGGACAUAUGGAGACGGUAAUUCACAUUUACAAUAUGUUUUGUACAGGACACGCAUAAUAAAAUGUGUAAACCUGUA